AUGCUGGAUGCCACUGACGAGUCAACAAACGGCUCUGUGAGCAGUGUGGACCUCGCCAUGGGACUCAAACGUGCUGCUUUCCACGUAAACCGGGUGUCUCGGGAAAUGACAGAGCCUUGUCAACUCGAUACUUGGCAUUCUUGUGUUGUCAGGGCAAUAGCCUUCUCGUGUCCCUCUUGUUGGAUGAGGGAGCGGAUCGGAAUGAGCGUCAGCCCGAUAACAGGACAGCCCUCAUCUGGGCGGUAAAAGGCGCGAGCCCCCUGCAGAUGGUGCAGCUGUUGCUGCCUCACAUGCGAGCCAUCGACGACGUUGACGGCGAAUCCAAGUCGGCCCUCCACUAUGCUGCGAUGACGGGUGACGCUGCGGUCGUCAGGGCCCUGUUGGAGGCAGCCAGCGCUAGCCGAAGGGCUCUUGACGUGAAUGGCCUCGACAACCAAUGGCAGACUCCGAUGUUCCUCGCCGUCUACAAUGGCGACUGGCCAGAUGUCGUGGAAACACUCAUAGAGUUCGGUGAGUGGCCAAGGCAGGAUGCAGCCGCACUUCACCUCCGUUAUAUCCUGUCCUCGUUUGGGCGAUUCAGGUGCACACGUGAAUGAAACGCGUUUGGUGCCCCUCCUCGCGGCUGCCUCGAAGCGUCACGUUGGUGCAGUGGAGGUGUUGCUCCGACACGGAGCGGACCCAAAUGCAGGGGAGUACGUAGACGUUGCUGGGGGUGAAUGGACGCUGCUGCAGCAUGCCUGCACGUGCACCUGCGGCAACAGCCCGAUCAGCAAGGAGCUGUACCUCAUCCACUCCAUGUACGAGUGUGACGAGCGCCACAGCAGAAUGCUUAUGCUGGCCCUCUCAUACGGAGCAGAUGUCAAUGGUGUCGGAUAUGAAAAAUUCACUGCACUCCAUCUAGCUGCGUUGGGGUGAGCUAAGAAACACCCCGCUCACACACUUGGGUGGAUGCGUGUGUGUGUGUGUGUUGUCUUGUGCGUGUCUCUUUCAUGCAGGGGGUGCUCUCGCGCUGUCACGACGCUACUCAAGGCAUCUGCAGAUCCGACAAUCGUUUCAAAUCUCAAUGGACGCACGCCAGCUGGCGACGCUUUCGAAGAGGUAGGCAGGCCGUGCUGUACAGGAGCUGCGCAGCUCGCCCCGAAGGGAUGGUACUGACUGCAUGGCUACCUGUCUGCAGGGUCACAUUCUUCUUGGAUGGCAUCUCAGAUACCACGAAUGUGAGCCAAAAGAAGAGGAGAGGAACGUCAUGCGUGUGGUGGACCGCUUUCUCUCUCUGCAUUCGCUGUCUGCAGACAAGACUCACCUCAUUCGGUUCUUCUCCUCGCCAUGGUCUGUGGCUCUGGUGCUCUGCUGUGUUGUGAUCCUGCUGCUGGCCAAUCGGCGGGUGCGUCGCCGUCUGCUCUUCGCCACCAGAUGGCUCAAUGAAAAGCUAAAGGAAAAGCUCCUGCAUCGUCUGAAGGCGUCUCAAGAAAGUGAGAAAGGAACAAACCAAUAGGGAAUGUUACAAGGUCUUCAUGGUGGGUCUGUCUGUGGUUUGCUGGCACCACUUCAGCGGGCACACAGCGCCUCAGCAAGCGUGACAAGAACAGACUGAAGAAGGGCCGUCCUGAGGACAAGAAGGAAGGCUCACGAAUUGAAGAGAGGCGCCCAGACGCCGAUACCGCAGAGAGCACCAUCGAGUCGGUGGCAGCAACCAUCGUUCAAGAAGCACUGUCUCACUGUUUCGUCUGGUGGGCUGCAGUGACGCUGUGGAUGAGAAGGACGCCACACGAGCCACAGCGAGGCCGGCAGACGCCGAUCCCACCGAAAGCGAAGCCAGGUGGGUGACAGCCACCACAGCCACCAGUCCCGCAUAAGAAACCAUGUCUCUGCCAUGUGUGUCUGAUGAUGAAUUAGUCGCAGAUAUGGAGAGGUUGUCAAGCGCUGGGAGGAGAAGUAUUCGGCGGCCAUCCGCGAGCGCAACGAAGCCCGAGAGGCGCUCAGACAGACAGAGAUCACCCUGAAUGCCGAACGCAAUAAGUGAGAAGAACCAACCAGCAGAGAACAGGAGACUACACUUGUACGUGUGGUGCAGGGGAGAGUCUGACCGACAGAAGGUCAAGUCGCUCAACACGUCGCUGCAGCAGGCGAAGCAAGAAUGCACCAAAGCCCAGAAGGAGGCCAAGCAGCUCAGUACCAAGUAAGAGUAUUGACGAGGUGCAGCUGCAUCAACCGUAUGUUCUCUGGGUCUGGCGCAGGUUAGAGAAGCAGCUAGAGGUGGCCAACAGGGAGAAGGCCAGCAAGGGCGAGACCAUAGCUGCCGCCCAGCGACAGGCCCACACCCUCAGUGACGAAAAGAGCAGGUGAGCGGCCAUCCAGCCACACAAGGCACCGCUCAGCCACAUGCCGACUGGUUUCCCUCACAGGAUGAAGGCUCGCCUGGACGGCACCGUGAAAGAGAGGGACGCCGCACACAAGAAGAUCCGCGAGUAGGCGGCGGGAUGAAAGGGUCACAGAUUUCGUGUUUCUCUAUUGUCUGUGUGUGUGCAGGUUAGAGGCAUCUGUCCGCGAGCUGCAGGCAGACGUGGGCUGCCUCGACUCUGCUAGCAUCGACAGGUGGGCGCCACUUAAAGAACGAAAAGCCAACGCGUCGCUGGCCUGUCUCUCGUUAUGCAUGCCUUUGUCAUCAGGUUGUCUGCUGACCGGCUCGAGCACACCGACCAGGAGGGCAUCCACAGUCUGCAGAACGACAUCCAGGAGGCCCUGCAGCAGCUGGCGUCUGCUCGCGACCGGCUGAUGGGCCGAUUGGCCGGCGUGUCUGACCAGGAGCGGCAGCUGCGUGAGCUCGAGGUGCAGGCCAAGAGGAAGGCCGAUGACCUGCAGAAGUGUGUGGUCUGUUUGGACGAGCGCGCCACCAUUGUGCUGAGUCCCUGCCGCCACAUGUGUCUGGGCGAGAGCGCAAGUACCGCAAGAGAGAGUGCCCCAUGUGCCGCAAACCUUUUGACCGCGACAGGUCGGGAGCCGUCUACACAUCGUAGCUAUAUGCAGCUGAGGGGGGUGGGUGAGUGAGUCGGGUGCCUGGGGUGCGCUGUGUGCGUGUGGAUGGCGGUGUAUGAAUGCGUGUAGUGUGCCAUUUGUGGCUUUAUAGACAAGUCAUGAAUGUGUGGGCAGGGCCGGUAAGUAGCUCUUGCAGGUAUACAGUGCAUGUGUCGGGUGGUGCGUGUACAGUGCAUGUGUCGGGUGGUUUGCAUGGCUUGUGUGUACAGUUCACUGAAUGCGUGCAUGUGUGCAGUGUGCCAUCUGUGGCUUUAUAUACUGUGCAGGUGUUGAUUAGAUCUAGAUUAGUAUAUAUGGCGCCGCCUUC